CUCUAGAAACUUGCUGUCGUUUUCUUCACUCAGAUUCUUUAGUUCUUACAACUCUCACUUUCAUCAACCCAUCGAAACAGAGAACCGAUUGCUGGUAAGUUUUUAGAGCAGAAUCGAAGAUUCAGAGGGUUUUUUUCCUGAUAAUUCAAGGUAAGAGCAAUGUGUGAUAUAAUCAUGGAGAAUCCCUAAUUUCACUACUCAAUUUUGCCGUUUAUGAGUUCAUUAUAUUCAAGAAAAUGUCAUCGUGCAUGAACAAACUGUUGCUUGUUCUUUAGAGAUAAUCAUCAUCAUGGAGGGUAAUUUAGUUCUGUUGUUCUUCUUGUUGUUCUUUCGGAGUACAUUUCAACAGCAGGAACACUCUGCCCCAUUAAGUUCUAGGGCAGAACGGGCAGCUCUGCUUCAACUUAGGUCAUCAUUAGGGUUGAGAACCAAAGACUGGCCUAUAAAAUCGGAUCCAUGUUUAGCUUGGAUCGGUGUUCUAUGUCAAGAUGGUAGUGUUACUGGGAUCAAUAUUUCUGGGUUUAAGAGAACCCGAAUUGGGAAUCAAAACCCUAAAUUUUCAGUCGAUUCUCUUGCCAAUUUCACCAAAUUGGUUUCUUUCAAUGCCUCAAGACUCACGCUUCCUGGUUCAAUACCGAAUUGGUUAGGGCUUCAGCUUCAAACCCUUACGGUUCUUGAUCUUAGAUUUUGUGAAAUCUCUGGUGCCAUUCCAUCUAACAUUGGGAAUUUGUCUAACCUUGGUGAAUUAUAUUUAUCUGAUAACAAUCUUACUGGCACUAUUCCAUCUAACUUGGGUCUGUUAUCACAUCUUUCAGUUCUUGAUCUAUCAAGAAAUUCGCUUACUGGUUUGAUCCCUUCAUCUUUAGGGUCUUUAGCUAAACUUUCUCUGCUUGACAUUUCAUCGAACAACUUAUCUGGGGCCAUCCCUGAAGAUUUUGGGAACCUAUUGAAUCUUAAAUCUUUGAAUCUUUCUAGUAACAGUCUUUCUUCUUCCGUUCCCACUCAUCUCGGAAAUCUUUCUAGUUUGGUUGUUCUGGAUCUGAGUUCCAGUUCACUUUCUGGCUCUGUGCCUGCAGAAUUUGGAAGUUUAAGGCAUUUGCAGAGAAUGGUGAUUUGCAACAAUAACUUCACUGGUGAUCUUCCUGAUGCAUUAUGGUCACUGCCUAAUUUGAGUUUUCUUGAUGUAUCCAGUAAUAAUUUUAUGGGAUUAUUACCAAAUCUUAGUUUGAAUGCUAAUACCACCAUGGCAGUGUUCAAUCUUUCACACAAUAUGUUUUAUGGAGUCCUGACCUCUGUGCUUAAAAGGGUCAGUACUGUGGAUCUUUCUUACAAUUACUUCCAAGACAAAAUACCAGAUUAUGCUCGUAAUGUUGUGUCUUUAGACAGAAACUGUUUUCAUAGCUGGUCGAGCCAAAGGAAUGUGAAAGAAUGUGCAGGAUUCUAUUCUAGGAAGGGGUUGUCAUUCGAUAAUUUUGGACUUCCAAAUGGCACCAUUCACCGUCCUUUAGGUGACCAUAAAAGCAACCGGCGAAUGGUCAUAUUUGCAGCAGUGUUGGGCACUGUUGGGCUCGUUCUACUCUUUGUGAUUUUGGUGGUGCUGCUGAUCAUAUGCAGCCGUGAGGAACGGAAAACAACUGAAAUAGGAUCUGGAUUGGGACCAAGUGCGGCAGGUACAGGUGCACCAGGAGCGAGUUUGAACCUUUUUGGAGAAGCGUUUGGUUAUGAGGAGAUUCUUGCAGCCACCGGUGACUUUAAUGAUGGAAAUCUUGUGAAAAACGGUCAUUCUGGUGACGUUUUUAAGGGUGUUUUGGAGGGUGGGAUUCAUAUAAUCGUCAAAAGAUUUGAUGUGCAUUCCAGAAAGAACAGUUGCAGGGUGGAGUUAGAUUUUUUCAGUAAGGUUUCUCAUCCAAGAUUGGUUCCUCUAUUGGGACAUUGCUUGGAGAAAGAGAAGGAACAGUUUCUGAUAUACAAAUAUAUGCCAAAAGGGGAUCUUUCAAGUUCUUUAUACUGGAAAAUCGGUUCGGACUUAAAAUUGUUGGAUUGGAUAACAAGAUUGAAGAUCGCAAUUGGAGUUGCCGAAGGCCUAUCAUAUCUGCAUCACGAAUGUGUUCCACCCCUUGUUCAUAGAGACGUUCAAGCUAGCAGUAUACUUCUUGAUGAUAAAUAUGAAGUGCGGUUAGGAAGCCUAACUGAGGCUUGUAUCCAAGACACUGAUAGCCAUUCAAACAAGAUCACGAGAUUGCUACGAUUACCACAGAUAUCUGAAGAAGUUGCUUCUGGUGUAGCUACUGCAACGUGUACAUAUGAUGUUUACAGCUUCGGGAAAGUAUUGCUGGAGCUUGUAACGGGCAAAAUAGGUAUUAGCGCAUCGAGUGAUUCGACCACAAAAGAGAUGUUGGAUGGUUUGCUUCCAUUUAUCAGUAUAUACGAUAAAGAACUUGUGAAGAUCAUAAUAGAUCCAUCGCUGAUAGUGGACGAGGAUUUAUUAGACGAAGUAUGGGCGAUGGCCGUUGUUGCUAAAUCUUGCCUUAAUCCUAAACCUUCAAGGAGACCGCUAAUGAGAUUUGUACUCAAAGCUUUGGAAAAUCCUUUGAAAGUUGUACGUGAAGAAACAUCGAGCUCGGCCAGACUUGGAACAAGUUCAUCCAGGAAUGGCAGCUGGCGGCAUAACUUGGCGGCAGGAUGUGGCGGCAAAGGGGACUUGAAGGUUGGUGAGGAUGGUUGUUUGUCUGCUAGAAGGUAUUCGAAGGAUGUGUUUCCUGAACCGAUGGGCUUGCAAGAUGAAGAGAGAUGGAACGAGGAUUAGGAUGGAUGGACCGAACGAUUCUUUGGUAAUAACGCAUCUCGGGUGCCCCAUUUGAGCGCCUUCUUUAAGAUGUAUGUCGAUCAGAAAACGUACGAUUUGAUGUUGGUGUUUAUGUUUGAAGGAAGGUUGAAAGUUUUUGUUUUUGCAACUGUAAAUUGUGGAUGACAUGGUUGUGU